UUCCCGUUUCAAUUUCAACGUUCAAUUAAUACCCGGCCAUAAAUAAGUGCCUCGAGCUCUGACUUAUCUCUAUUGCGUCUCUUCUCUUCCAUUCCGAUUCUAAUCUGUUCCCGUCUCUUUUGCUUCUUCUCUCAUGGCUGAACAGAGUUCCAAAUCCGUUUACGACUUCGCUGUCAAGGACAUCCGUGGAAAUGAUGUGAACCUGAGUCAAUACAGUGGAAAGGUUCUGCUAAUCGUGAAUGUUGCUUCACAGUGUGGACUGACACAAACAAAUUACAAAGAAUUGAAUGUAUUGUACGAGAAAUACAAGAACCAAGGGUUUGAAAUCUUGGCAUUUCCAUGCAAUCAGUUUCUUGGACAAGAACCUGGAACCAAUGAAGAAAUUCAGGAAGUUGUUUGCACAAGAUUCAAAGCUGAAUUUCCUAUUUUUGAUAAGGUUGAAGUGAAUGGGAAGAAUGCAGCGCCACUUUACCAGUUUUUGAAAGAACAGAAAGGGGGACUAUUUGGAGAUGGGAUCAAAUGGAACUUCACAAAGUUCUUGGUAGAUAAAGGAGGAAAGGUUGUGGAGAGAUAUGCUCCUACCACCUCACCUCUGAAAAUUGAGAAAGACAUUGAGAAACUUAUUCAGUCAUCGUGAGCUUGAGAUUUGAUUUUAUACCAUAUCCUAUGUAUAACAGCCAAGAGGACACAGAAUAAAAUCGGCCUGGUACUUUCAGAGGAUUAGUGACUUGCCUAAGCGUGUAAUCUGUGAAUGUAUACUCGCUGAAUAAACGGCUUCAAUAUUUAUUAAUGUUGUACCGGAUGUGUUUGUAUUCCCCUGCUUAUCUUUAUGGCUUUGGUCAGAUUAUCAUUAUGCAGCAUAUACAUGCACAUAUAUUAUAGAUACAGUCUCCGGCAAAUUAAUUGUACUUGAAUGCGUUCUUUUAUUUGAGAUUA